CCCCAUCGCAACACUUUAAAAUAGUUUAAAAUGACGAAUGUCGUAAACGUAUCAUCUACUGAAAAUUCGUCCGCUGGACAACAGAAGAAUCCUAAGAACAGUACGAUGACACCAAUUGAGAUAUCUAUUGAGAAAUUGCCAAAUCUCGCCUCAAACUGGUCCACAUUUUUAAGAGACAUAACCAAUGACCGAAAGCUACGAGCCGAACGUAUAAAUCGCCAGUCGGAAGAUGUCAUCCAAUUCAUAAAUAGAUUUCCCCUCUUGGAAUCUUAAGAAAACCGUCUUGAGAAUGAUGCUAGAAGGAAAAAUCAAGUCACCAAAAGCUUUCAAUUCAAAAUUAUAUAUAAUUAGAUUAAUGU